AUGGCUGUCCCGGUGAUCACCUUCUGGUUAGUGAUUUUGAGCGCGUGCCUCGCGCUGACAGUUAGUGCGGACUGUGGCGCAGACUGUGCGUAUUGCUCCGUGCACUUGCGGCUUCAACGAACAGAUCUCAACUCCGUAGCAUGUGUUUUGGAGUGCGAGGGCCCGGUAAAUUCUGGAACUUCCUGGAGUUUAUGCCAAGACCUCCUGCAGACCACCAUCGGCAUAAACCAGGGUGAUCAAAUCUCCACAGAGACGUCACAACCGGAAACCGAGCAGCACUCACUGGAGAAAAAGUACGGAGGCUUCAUGAAAAAAUACGGGGGGUUUAUGAAGCGUUACGGUGGUUUUAUGAAGCGUUAUGGAGGCUUUAUGAAGAAGACAGCUGAGCUGUAUGGGCUGGAGCCCGAUGAUGUGGACCACGGCAGAGAAAUCCUGAACAGCCACGACUUAGAGGUCCUGUCCAAUCAGAUCGCAGAAGACGCAAUGAAGGAGGCGGGAGAUGCAGAAGACAAAGAGGGCGGAGCGGCCACCAAACGUUACGGUGGUUUCAUGAGAAGGGGCGGGGCUUACGGUUCAGAGGGCGUGGUCAGGGCGCUUCAAAAGCGCUACGGGGGGUUCAUGCGAAGGGUGGGACGGCCCGAGUGGGGGCAGGAAUCGAAACGCUACGGCGGAUUCCUCAAACGCUCAUCCCCUGGGGAGGAUGAAGAGGAUGAAGAGGAGUCUUCGGAGGUCGACAAGCGGUACGGAGGAUUCAUGGACUAUUGA